AAAUUGUUCUAACUCGAUAUCCCCUGGUCUCUCUUUGGAGGGUGGUAGUUGGAAUCAGCGUUGACUGAGCCGUAGAAGCCAUGUUUUGGACGCGGGCGGGCACUCUCCCUCCCGUGUCAAGAAUAGCGCCGUGGGCCGCGCCUCUCUCCUUGGGCACCCAUUCAUUGAGUGCCGGCCAAGCGAACUGUUUGACUCGUUAUGCCGGACACCCAAUGCUCUAGCACCAGAAUAUAUGGAGCAUAACUACUCCAGAUUCUGCUGCGACUUGGGUGUGAACCAGAUUUCCCCGACGUUGCGCCAUCACCAUGGAAUCACUACACGAGAACAGGGGGCCGGUGCUGCAAGCGGUGUGCUCGACAUUCGUUUCUCUUGCCUUUGUAGCCACUAUUCUGAGGGUCUAUACACGAACUCGCAUCGUCAAGGCUUUCGGCGCGGAUGACUGGUGGAUGGUGGCUGCACUUCUUUUUCAUGUCAUGUUUGCGACGUGCGCAAUAGGCGGUAUUCAUUAUGGUACUGGACGCCAUAUGAUCACGCUUACCAGCGAGCAACAGUACAAGGCUCUUCAGUAUUGGUGGCUAUGCUACAUUGCUUACUGCUGGGCCAUGAUUACGUCCAAGAUUUCGAUUGGUCUCUUUCUUCUGCGCGUCACUGUCCAAAAUCUCCACAAAUGGAUCAUCUACAUGGCCAUGGCCCUGACCAUGCUCACUGGACUGGUUUUCUUCUUCGUCACAUUGCUGCAAUGCACGCCAAUCGCCUUCUUUUGGGACAGACAAAUCAAGGGCGGCUACUGCGUCAAUGUGGACAUCAUCAUUGGCCUGACAUUCUUGUACAGCGCCAUCUCAGUUAUCAGCGACUUUACCUUUGCGAUCUUGCCCUUCUUCCUCAUCUGGUCAUUGAACAUGUCCACCAAGACGAAGGCCAUGUUGAUUCCGGUUCUGGGAAUGGCUUGCGUUGCAAGUGUAGCAGUUGUCGUCCGCAUGGCCUACGUCAUGGACUUUAAAGACCCAGACUUCCUGUGGGCUACAGUGGAUAUUGCCAUCUGGUCCGAUAUUGAGCAAGGACUAGCCAUUACCGCCGGCUCCCUUGCCACUCUGCGUCCCCUCUGGCGGGAAAUCGCAACGACGCUUAGUCUCUCAUCAACUUUCAGCCCCUCUACGCCAUCCGGUAUGCGCACACCACAAUGGAACGGCGACCCGACGUCGAGCCAGUCCCGCAAGAAACCCUCGAUCUACAGCAUGACAAAAUCUCUCUUCCAGACCGAAAAGGGGAAUCCGUCAAAGGAGCUCGACGAAGACUACGGCAUGGGCAACCUUGCGCCCAUACGGCUACGAGAUGAUCUCUCUACCGAGAAUGAGAAGACAGACAAAGGGUUCUCCACAUGGCGGAUAAAGGGCGGAGGAAGCAAGAUUUCAGAUGAGGAGUGCCGCGUGGGUGAAAUUACACGGGAGACGUACAUUGAACAGGAGCACGGAAACCGAUGAGAUGUUUGGUUUCUACAAAAGAAGCAAAUUCCACGAAGAGAAAUAAAGUGCGAACAAAACAAUUCAGAGUAAUUUAAUUUGAUGCCAGCGACGAAAGCGAUAUAUAGAUUUGAAGCAGAGAUAUUUCUGCGAUGAAACACUCUCAUUCUUUUAAAGGGAUGCAAAAAUAGUUAAUACUAUAAUCUAAAAUCAAUAAUAUCAACUAUUACAAACAGAC